AUGGGGAAAAAGCAUAGCAUUGCGAAACCUAAAUCAAAACAAGCGAAUGGAUCGAGCGGACAGAAAGCACAGUCGGCUAGCAAUAGCACAGGAACAAGCGGUAUUAAUAGUAAAGAAAAUACACCUCCUUCGACUUGGCUGCGAUCAAAUACGCCAUUACGAGCACAACUUGCAGCAGAACAAAGCGAACUGAUAAAGAGCUUGGAUGAGUACAUUAUCGAAUUCAACACGAAGAUACAGAAACUUGAGUGGAAACCUCUUGAGCUUGAGCUUGUGGUCCUGUUUGUAAUGAAUCUUCAUCCCCGCUGGAAACGCCUUGUGGAGCCAAUGGAGUAUCUCUUCAACUCAUGGACAGAAGCAGCCAAAGCAGCACGGCAUCACGCAAUAAAAGUAUCAGCAAUGCUUGGCGUUGAGAGGACAGAUAGGCUAGAUAUGUUUCAAAAAAGAGAGGCGAAAGACUUGAUCCAAUCUGGAUAUUUUAUCCCUGGAGAUCACCCUAGCAGAAAGCACACUACAUCAACGUCAUCAAAUCAUGGCGAGCCUCUGCGAAAAAACAAAGGGAAGAUGACCAUGAAACUUUUAGAAAGUAUCCUCAAUCCACAACCAAAGGAGCUGGAGCCAUCUAUUGCAGAGAAAGUCAGCUUACCAGCAGAAGAGUCAAAAAUUAAACCAGGUGUUAAGCAAGAUGUUAAACCAGAAGUUAAACCAGAAGUUAAACCAGAAGUUAAAGCAGAGGUUAAAGCAGAGGUUAAAGCAGAGGUUAAAGCAGAAUGUAAACCAGACCCAGAGGCUGAUCCUCAUCCGGAAGUUAAACCUGUACAAGUGGAAAAGAAAAAGAAGAAAAGGAAGAAGCCAGCUGCAGCUUCAGAAGCUACAGUUGCAACAGCGGCAACAACUUCAACCUCAGUAUCGAAAGCUGCAAUCAAACGGGCAUUAGAGAAUCAAGUUGAAUACAACUCUGAUUUUUAUCGGGCACAAUACAACCCUUAUAGCUUGUGCUACUAUAUUCCUGCUGCACACCGUCAUGUUAAUCUUGGAUUCUUGGAAUUCGAGUUGAAUCGCAAGAAAUUCAAGGGCAUGUUGGCACGAAAACGAUGGGAAGGCUCUGCGAUGUCAAUUGCACUCCAGGAACGACUCGGUCUGGAACUAGAUCGUUCAUUAGGAUUUGAUAUUAGGACAGAGUUUGGUCAGAUUGAAGAAAGUAUUGGAGCAGUCAAGUUUCCUGUUGUCCACCCUGAAGAUCACAAACUUCGCUCCGAAAUGCUCAUCCAAGUUAUGCCGAUGAUCUAUGGCGGCCAAGUGGAAUUAGUACUCGGAACAGAUUUCUUUUAUCUAUUCCAUGCUACUUUUAAUGUAGAAAACAGAACUAUUCACUUUAUGAACAAAAAUGCCGCCUUUUCAAUUCAUGUACUAAACUAA